AUGGCAAAUCAAAGCGUCAACCGCGAGCCCAUUGCUCUGGUGGGGCGCAGUCUUCGAUUCCCCGGUGCAAGUUCCCCCUCGGAGCUCUUUGACCUUCUCUCCAAGCCCCGAGACCUCCUAAGGGACUUUCCUCCUCUCCGGAUGAACAUUGACGGAUAUUAUGACCAAGAUGGAAACAAGGACGGAACCACCAAUGUGCGGAAGUCAUAUUUCAUCGAGCAGGACCAUCGGCUGUUUGACGCCCCCUUCUUCAACAUCAGCACCGUCGAGGCCGAGGCCAUGGAUCCGCAACAGAGGAUCUUGCUCGAACUGGUCUACGAGGCAUUGGAAUCGGCCGGGCUUACCGUUGACGGGCUCCAGGGAUCACGGACGUCAGUCUUCGCCGGACUGAUGUCGUCGGACUAUUCAUCGAUCCAGCACAAUGACAGCGACACGAUUCCGAAAUACGCCCUGACAGGGACGGCGAACAGCAUCCUCUCGAAUCGGAUUUCCUACUUCUUUGACUGGAAGGGCCCUUCCAUGACCAUAGAUACGGCCUGCUCAUCGAGCUUGGUUGCUCUGCAUCAAGCUGUCCAGAGCCUCCGCAGCGGCGAGUCGGAUGUGGCCGUCGUCGCGGGGGCCAAUCUGAUUCUGAACCCCCAGCCCUUUAUCGCCGAGUCUCAAGUUCGCAUGCUUUCCCCAACCUCUAGAUGCAGGAUGUGGGAUAGCCGUGCCGAUGGCUACGUCCGAGGGGACGGAUUUGCUGUUGUGAUCCUCAAGAGGCUGGAGGACGCGGCCACAGACAAGGACCACAUCUUCAGCGUUAUCCGCGAGACCACAGUCAACAUGGACGGGCGCACCGCGAGCAUCACGAUGCCAAACUCAGCAUCCCAGGUAGCCCUGAUUCGGGAGACAUACGAGCAGGUCGGUCUUGACUGCCGCCGCAGCACCGACCGGUGUCAAUACUUUGAGGCCCAUGGAACGGGGACUCCAACCGGCGAUCCCAUCGAGGCUGAGGCAGUCAGAACCGCCUUCUUCCAGGACAGGGAUGACAUAGGCGAUGAUGAGCGCAACGACUGUCUCUACGUCGGUUCUAUCAAAUCCAUCAUCGGGCACCUAGAGGGUACGGCGGGUCUGGCCGGCCUGCUGAAAGCUUCCCUGGCAGUCGAAAACGGCGUCAUCUUUCCGAACAUGCAUUUCGACCAGCUCAACCCUGAUGUCUCGCCUUUCUACCGCAAUAUGAAAAUCCCCACGGUGGCACAGGCUUGGCCCGAGAUCCCCGUGGGAACGCCAAGGCGUGCGAGUGUCAACAGCUUCGGCUUUGGAGGAACAAAUGCCCAUGCCAUUGUGGAGAGUUACACACAGUCUGCUGAAAAGGGCACCCAUCCCCUGAAUGGCACACAAGAUUCGCGAAACGGCGACUCAUCAAGCUUCAUUAGCACCGGGGGUCCGUUUGUCUUUUCAGGCAACUCCAACUCUUCUCUCCUGUCAACGCUUGAACACUUUGCCGACUUCCUAAGAUGUAACGGGACUAUCGACCUUCAAAGCCUGGCAUGGACGUUGCAGUCGCGGCGCACUAUUCUCCCAGUCAGGGCCGCAUUUUCCUGCGUGACACGAGAACGGCUCUUGGAAUCCUUGGAAGGGCAUGUGAAAAAUGCGAAAGACGCAGAUGCCGUCACGGCAAGCUCACGUCGUCGCAGCCCAGGCGCUCGCCCGAGGAUACUCGGGAUAUUCACCGGUCAGGGGGCGCAGUGGCCUCAGAUGGGACGGGAGCUGCUCCUCUCCUCCAAGCUCUUCGGCCAAGUUAUGGACAAGCUCCAGGACUCGCUUGAUUCCCUACCGGAUCCGCCACCAUGGUCUCUCAGAAAGGAAUUAAUGGCAGACCCGGCUUCCUCGCGAGUCCUCGAGGCAGCAGUCGGACAGCCCCUGUGUACUGCCGUGCAGAUUGCGCUGGUGGACCUCGUCAAACGCGCGGGUAUUUCGUUCGGUGCUGUUGUCGGGCAUUCUUCUGGAGAGAUUGCUGCUGCCUAUGCCGCGGGAUAUCUGUCGGCAGCCGACGCCAUCCGAGUGGCUUACUACCGGGGGUACCAUGUCCGGUCUGCCGGCGGCGGUCCCGGAGGCCAAGUCGGAGCCAUGAUGGCCGUGGACAUAUCGUUCAGCGACGCCCUCGAAUUCUGCCAAUCGAGCCAGUUUGCCGGUCGCUUGGUCGUCGCCGCCAGCAAUGCCUCAAACAGCGUCACCCUGUCUGGAGAUGCCGACGCAGCCCACGAGGCAAAGGCCCUGCUCGACAAAAACCAUUCGGUCAAGCUGCUCCGGGUCGACAAGGCGUACCAUUCACACCACAUGAACCCGGCAUCUGAGCCAUACAUUCAAUCGCUCCGCGCAUGCAAUGUCAAAGCCCUCCCAGGCGAGCCCGACUGCGUCUGGAUAUCCAGUGUCACAGUAGAUCCUGUCACGACCAAGACGCAAAUCGGCGACCGUUACUGGGCCGAUAACAUGGUACAUCCCGUGCUCUUUUCCCAUGCUGUUGAUCGUGUCGUCCGAGACGCCGGUCCCUUUGACCUCGUCAUCGAAGUCGGGCCACACCCGACAUUAAGAGUUGCCGCAACCCAGUCAGCAAGCGAGGCCGGGGAUACGCCGGUGCCGUACUGCUCUCUGAUGAAGCGCGGCAGUCAUGACGUUGAGUCCUUUAGCGGUGCCUUGGGCUACAUAUGGGCUACCCUAGGAGGUCAGGCAAGGAUAAAUUUUGACGCUUACAAUGCCGCCUUUACGGGUCUCGACCAUGUUUCCCAUACCAAAUUGCUGCAGGACCUGCCGCCCUACCCUUGGGACCAUCAACAAACAUACUGGAAAGAGUCACGAGCUUCCAGGAAUACGCGCUUCCGAAGUGAACCCAUUCAUCAACUUCUGGGACGGCGACGGCCGGACGAUUCCGCGCACGAAGUUCGCUGGAGGAAAAUCAUGCGCCUGGAGGAGCUUCCAUGGCUCCGCGGUCAUUGCUUCCAGGGCCAAGCCAUCUUCCCUGCCGCAGGCUAUGUGAGCAUGGCACUGGAGGCGGCAAAAUCCCUGGUGGAAGACCACUUGGCUCAACACGUCGUGGCCGAAGUUCGGGAUCUGACCCUCUCGCGAGCGCUGAUCCUGAGCGACGGCCCUAUCGGAACCGAAGUGAGUUUUAGCCUCAGAUGCCUGGAAAGAGGCCAUAAGACAGCCACGGCAGAGUUCAUAUGCUCUUCAUGUCCCAGCAAGGCGGAUGCCGAGCUACAAGUCAACGCCACAGGCCAGGUGCAAAUCACGUUGGAAGACUCGCCGGAGACAAUACUUGCGCCAGAGAGUCCUGUGGCCAGAUCCAUGCUGGACAUUGAUGUCGAUGGCUUCUACGGCACCCUUUCUGAACUCGGGCUUGAUUACACUGGACUGUUCCGCGGCCUAAAGGAGGUGCGGCGUGCAACACGAAUGGCUACCGCCUCAGCCUCGUGGCCAGCGUCCGGCAUAGAUUCGUCUCUCCUAGUCCACCCCGCCGUCCUGGAUGUCGGUUUUCAAGCCGUGUUCGCCAGUGCAGGAUCUGUUUCUGCUAUUCAAGUUCCCUACCUCCCCACGCGGAUACAGAGGAUACGAGUCAGCGCAUCGCUUCCACAGCGCGAGGCGGAUGUGGAUAUCACCAUCAACGCAUACACCACAGACAUUUCUCGUGCGUCCAAGACUGCUCGCCCCAUGAUUCACGCCGAUCUGGACAUAGUACGUGGGGAUUCCUGGGGUCUCCAAGUCGAGGGUCUAUCCGUGACUCCAAUCGCGGACUCAGACCCAUCCAAUGACCGACGCCUAUUCUGGACGACAGUGUGGGAGAUGGACGUGUCCAGUGGCAUUUCUCCCACCGACGAGGGACCGAAGGAAUCGCUGGAUGACACGGAUCUUCCAGAGCUCGUGGAGCGUUUGGCCCACAUGUAUUUCCGGCGCCUCUACAAACAAUAUCCAAGGGCCAAGGUUGCCAAACUGGAGUGGUAUCAGCAACGCCUCUUUGAGUACAUGGAGGAUAUAUUUUCCUCUAUUGACAGCGGGCGACACCCCAUCAUCAAGAAGGAGUGGGUGAACGACACUCGCGAGGAACUAUUUGCGCAACUUGCUGGAUACCCCAUGGUCAUCGAUGUGGAGGCGACCAACGCUGUUGCCGAGAACUUCCCUGCUGUACUAGCGGGCGAGAAGUCGAUGAUCGAAGUGCUCACGACGAACGACAUGCUGACGCGGAUAUACGCCGAGGGGCUCGUACUCUCCCGGGGCUACAGCCAUAUUGCGAGCAUGGCAAAACAAAUCUGCCACCGGUAUCCGGGGGCCAAGGUGCUCGAAAUAGGGGCAGGGACGGGUUCGACAACGGCCCCGGUCCUCGAGAGCAUCGAAGGCGCAUUCUCGUCCUAUGUGUACACGGACAUCUCCAACGGCUUCUUCGGCCAGGCUAAGGAGCGGUUCAAGGACCACGCCGCCCGGAUGGAAUUCAAGGCUCUGAACAUCGAAAACGACCCGGCCGAGCAAGGGUUCCCAACCCAUGCCUACGAUGUUGUCGUGGCUUCUAGUUGCCUCCACGCGACUCGAUGCUUGAGGGAGACGAUGGAGAAUACGAGGAAACUGUUGAAACCCGGCGGUUAUCUCCUCCUGUUAGAGCUGACCGGCGUGUCUUUGCGGACGACCUAUUUGAUGUGCGGCCUGCCAGGCUGGUGGCUCGGUGGCGAAGACGGCCGACCACUGCACCCGGGACUCUCAGAGACUCAGUGGGAUGCUCUGCUGAAGGAGACUGGCUUCUCCGGGAUUGAUGCACUCUUGCACGACAGCGAUAUACCGUCCAAGCACGUCUACUCGGCCAUCCUCAGCCAGGCAACAGACGAUCGAGUCACCAUGCUGCGGGACCCCGUGCGCUGCCUAGAGUAUAUCCCCGGGGUUCAACAACUAAUCAUUGUGGGCGGCGUCCAUAAACUUGUCGAGGAAAUCUGUCAGCUUCUUCGACCAUGGAAGCACCGUGUUCUCAAGAUUGACGACCUCGAGGCUCUCGACGCUGCUAGAGGCGGCAUUGCACCCGGGGCGACGGUACUAUGCCUCGCCGAACUCGACAAGCCCGUCUUCGAAUCCAUGACCAAGGAAGCACUGAGGGGUUUACAGCUGCUCUUGAACAAGGCCAAAAACGUCCUCUGGGUGACAAGAGGUUGCCGCGUCGAGAACCCUGCGAGGAACAUGAUGGUAGGCGUCGCCCGUGCUCUGAUGAACGAGACGCCGCAUCUCAACCUUCAAAUGCUCGACAUCAGUGGCGCAAGUCCAAGCGCAGGGGCUCUGACGGAAGCCCUCAUACGUCUCACACUCAGGGAUACUCUCGACUCCGACGUACUCUGGUCAACAGAACCCGAGCUGGCGUUGGAAAUGGAGAAGCUGCUGAUCCCGCGACUUCGCGCAGACCAGGCCCUCAACAACAGAUUAAACUCGAACUGGCGAAGUAUCCAGGCAGAUAUUCCGGCCGAAUCGUUCCCCGCCGAGGUACACCAUGCCAACGGGUCCCAAUGGCUGCGACUGAGGACAUCUCCCCUAGAGAGGCUUCCAGUUGGUCAUGUCGCGGUCAGGCCACGAUUAACCUCGCUCCACCCAAUCGAGAUCACUCCCGAGAUAUGUGCGUACAUAUGCCUGGGAUCCGAGGUUGAAACUGGAAGGAGUGUGGUUGCUCUCGCGCUGUCGAAUGCCUCCGUCGUCCAGACCAGGCAGGACUGGAUACAGGAGUACCGCGGAGUCUCCACAGGCGAGGAAGAAGGCCUCCUCCGUUCAAUUGUGGACAGUAUCUUGGCAUGGAAUAUUCUUUCCGGUAUUCCGAGUGGCGGCGUGCUCCUGCUGCAUGAGUCGGACGAACCUCUAGCCAGCAGAGUUGCUCGCUUCGCAGUCGAGGCUGGUGUCCAAGUGGUGUGUACAACCACACAGCCGACUACCCCUCAGGGGUGGAUUCAUAUUCGCCCUUAUGCAACACUGCGCCAGAUCAAGUCUCGUCUCCCGGCCGGCAUUGUGAAGCUCGUGGAUUUCGACACGGGACCGCAUGGGGAUAGCCUGCGACGCAGCCUCAGAGCAUGCAUGUCGCCUUUCUCCUCGGAGUUGGACAUGACAACCCUUUUCCGGGAUCAAGUACGAGCUGACCAUGGUGCUGACGUCACAGCCCUUCGUCAAACCCUCCAGAAAGCAGUGCAGAACUACUCCAGGUCCGGGGCUGAUGCCGCAAAACCAUUUCACAAAGUCAUGGCCAGCGACCUGAAUGACGCGUGUUCCAGGUUCAGCAUCAUCGACUGGCGACAAGACACAUACAGGGUAGAUAUAGGGCCGCUGAAUCCUCGGGAGCUAUUCCGCGGCGACAGAACCUACCUUUUCACUGGCCUAACGGGCGAUCUGGGACAGUCCAUUGGCCGCUGGAUGGUGCUCAACGGGGCCCGUCACAUUGUCUUGACGAGCAGACGCGGAUCUUUGCCUCCCGUGUGGCUAGAGGAGAUGCGAGACGCUGGAGCAGACGUCCAGGUCUUCCCACUGGACGUCACCGACCGGGAAGCGCUAUCGUCGGCCCACUCCAGGAUUUGCAAGACCAUGCCUCCGAUCGCAGGUGUCGUGAACGGCGCAAUGGUGCUUUCCGACAUGCCCUUUGCGGACAUGACGCUCGAGUCUCUCACCAACGUCUUGAAGCCCAAGGUCGACGGAUCCAAGAAUCUCGACGCCCUAUUUCGCAAGCCAGGGGAACUAGACUUCUUCAUCAUGCUCACCUCCCUCUCUGGCGUGGCGGGCUUCCCUGGACAAGCCAACUACUCGGCUGCCAAUAUGUUCAUGACAAGCCUGGCGGCACAACGGAGGCGCGACGGCCUUGCCGGGUCGGUGCUUGCCAUCGGGAUGCUGACCGAGAUUGGCUACGUCUCUCGCGCAGGGAGGGCGCUGCAGGACCAUUUGCGCACAAAGUUCCCCUGCCUUCCCAUCGCCGAGCCCGAGUUCCACCAAAUGUUUGCCGAGGCCAUAGCUGCAGGCCGUGCCGACUCUGAGCAUCCGUCUGAGGUAGUCACCGGGCUCGCAGGCAUGAAGAGCACCAUGGCAAUGGAUCCCGACCGACCGCCAUGGUUCGACAAUCCACGCUUCGCGCACUGCCGUGUGGACGACGCUUUCACCGACAAGACGCAGAAUGAGUCAGCUGCAGCAGCAGUUCCCAUCAGCCAAAGACUCGCCGAUACUACAACCGCCGAGGAAGCAACUCAAACUCUUCUGGAAGAAUUUGUAGCCAGACUGGCAGCCAUGUUGCAGAUUAACCAGGGCAGCGUCAACAACGAGGCGCCGCUCGUUGACCUCGGUGUUGAUUCACUAAUUGCCAUUGAGAUCAGAUCGUGGUUUAUCAAGGAACUUGGCGUCGACUUGCCGGCAUUGAAGACGCUCAGCGGCUGCAGCGCUGCAGAACUGUGCCAGGAUGUUGUUGAAAAGCUCUCCCUCAGGGACAAGGAAACACUGGAUACUAGCAGUACUACUAAUGGAUUGGACAUGGUUAAGACAUCCACAAAGUCUCAAGUCUCUUCUCAUAAAACAGCUUCAAAACCGAAUGGCACGGCUAACGGACUCGAAAAUGGUAUCAACGGGAACUCGGGAAUGGAGUCGAAUGGCCUGAAUGGAGUCGACCAUGACGCAACACUGCAGCAGCCAACGGCAGCCACUCGUAUAGCGCCCAUGUCCUUCGCACAAUCAAGGCUUUGGUUCCUCCUAACAUACGCCGAUGAUCCCUCCCACCUCAACGUUGUCCUCAGCUAUAAUAUCAAGGGACAGUUGGACAUUGCACGGUUCCAAAAUGCUUUCCGGGCCGUCAUCUCCCGCCACCAGACAUUCCGCACAUGUUUCUUCAGUGACCCUGGGACUGGAAAGGGAAUGCAAGGCAUUCUUGAGGCAUCUCCUGUAACUUUGGAGGAGAAACAGGUAAUAAACGACGCCGAGGUCCAGGAGGAAAUUGACCGCAUCCAACGCCACCGAUUCGAGCUGGAUCAGGGCAAGGCCUUCCUCGCAACCCUGUUGCGCCGGACUGACUCGUGGAACACGUUGGUGUUUGGGUACAAUCAUAUCGUCAUGGACGGAAGCAGCGUUUUCAUCUUCCUGCAGGACCUAAACGAGGCAUACCGGCAGCAAAGGUCUCUGGAGCCAGCCAUCAACGAAUACAUCGACUUCACUGUGAGCCAGAGGCUGCUUGUUGAAGAUGGGGGCCUUGAAAAAGAGCUCCAGUUUUGGAGACGGGAGCUCUCCCCGUUACCGGAGGCCUUGCCGCUGAUGGGCAUCUCUCGCUCGCGCUCACGGUCCAACCAGAGCGCCUACGGAACACACACAGUUCAGGCAACGGUUCCUCCCAGACAUGCGAUUGGGCUGAAGAGGAUGGCCCAGAGACUACGAGCAACACCCUUCCAUUUCCACCUCGCUGCCGUGCAGUGGCUGCUAUUCAAGUUCCUUUCCUCGACCGACGACAUCUGCAUCGGCAUUGCGGAUGCGAAUCGCCUGGAUCAGAGGUUCCUGCGCACCAUGGGUAUCUUUCUCAACCUCCUUCCGCUGCGUUUCCGCCGGCACGCCCAUGACACGUUCGCCAAUGUCCUGACAGGCACUUCUCGCAAGGUGCUUUCCGCGCUGGAGCAUUCCAGGCUGCCAUUCGAGGUGAUGCUGGAGGAGCUCAACGUCGAGAGAUCGCUGACUCACACGCCACUCUUCCAAGUGUUUGUCAACUACAGGAUGGGCGCGUUCCAGCACGGCUCCCUAGGGGACUGCGAGGUGCACCACCGCUCGGUCAGCGAUGCCGUGUUUGCGUACGACACCUUCAUUACCAUCACGGAGCCCACCAAGGAGAGCUGCGUCAUCUCGUUUACAGUGCGUGACGACAUCUACACCGAGGAUGACUGCAACCUGCUUGUCAAGGCAUACGUCCACCUGCUCGGCCAACUGUGCGAUGACCCAGACCAACUCCUAGAUGGCUGCAGUCUCUUUGGCGAUGCAGAUGCCCGACUGGGGAUGGGCUUGGGCCGAGCUCCUAAGAGGGAGUGCCGUUUGGAGCCCACAACUCUGCCCCUCCAUGUCGAGGCUGUCAGCCAAAGGACCCCACACGGCGUGGCAGUGAAAGACGGGUACGGAAAUGCCAUCGAGUAUCAUCAGCUCGCCGAGCAGAGCCGUGUUAUUGCCGGUGCAUUGUCGGCCGUCGGCGUCGUCAAGGGAUCGUACGUGGCUGUUCUCAUGCACCCGUGCAGCUACACAAUCGCGUCUCUGCUGGCAAUCCUGAGACUGGGUGCCAUAUAUGUACCGCUUGACGUCAAUAACCCCCCCGAUCGCCUGCGAGCAAUAACUGCCGACUGCCGCCCGGCCGCCAUCAUCUGCCAGGCAAACACGAUCCGCCUAGCAGAAUCCUCUGUGCGCACCGAUGAUGAUGAUGAUGAUGAUGAUGAUGAUGAUGAUGCCACCGCAGUGGUAGACCUGACAUUCCUUCCGACCGGCCAUGUUCCCACAGAAGACGUCUCUCGAGGGGAACUCCCGGCCUUUGCUCUCUACACCAGCGGAUCCACGGGCAUUCCCAAGGGUGUGCUGCUCAGUCAGGCCAACAUCCUCCAGAGCGUUGAUGGAACAUAUCAUCUUGACGGCAUCAACCAAGGGGAGGUUGUGCUUCAGCAAAGCUCGCUGGGCUUUGAUCUAUCCCUCUAUCAGAUCAUGCGCGCCAUCGUCAGCGGCGGCACGCUCAUCAUUGUGCCUCAGGCGCUGAGGCGGAAUCCCCAGGAGCUGUCGAAGCUGGUGCUUGUUGAAGGAGUAACGCUCACCAUCGCAACCCCAUCGGAAUACUCCCUCUUGCUAUCAUACGGGAACCGCCAUCUCAAGAAAUGCACGUCCUGGAGAAUUGCCGCCUCUGCUGGGGAGAACAUGAGCCUGCAGGUGGCCCAGCUGUUCCGCCAGCUAGACCUACCAGACCUCGGUAUAUUCAACUGGUUUGGUCCUACAGAGACAGGCGUUUACUCGACCGGUAUUAUGGACAUGCCAGAAGAAGACGUGUAUCCCUGUGUCGGGCGCCCGAUACCCAACACAUCUGUCUAUGUCGUCGAUGAGAACCUCGAGCCCGUGCCGACGGGUUUCCCAGGGGAACUGUGCAUCAACGGACCCAAUGUCGCUCUUGGAUACGUCGAUGGGGCAUUAUCGAAGGGGAAGUUCAUCUUGCGAGACUUCGGAUCAUCCGGACAAGAAGAGCGCGUCUACCGAAGUGGCGAUAAGGGUAGGAUCCUCCCCGACGGAACCAUUGUCUUCCUCGGCCGCAUGGAUAGCGACUCGCAGGUCAAGCGCUCGGGAUUCCGUAUCGACCUAGACGACAUUGCAAACAAUAUUAUCCGUGCAGCUGGCAAAUCCUUAGCCGAUGCUGCAGUCUUGCUCAAGGGGGGUGAUCCCGGGUUCCUCGUCGCAUUUGCCGUCUUCUUGCCAGACCGCAUCCCUGCCGACCCGACCCGGUUCCUGGCGGAUUUAUGCGCCAAAGUUCCGCUGCCGGAUUACAUGCGCCCAUCCAUGAUAAUCCAAGUUCCCCGUCUCCCAGUCACCUCCAAUGGGAAACGAGACCGCGCUGCACUGGACGCAAUUCCCCUCUCGCUCCCCGAGCCUGUUGACUCCGGGGAGGAGGUGCCGUUGAGUGACGUGGAGAUACAGCUGAGAGAUAUUUGGAUGCGGACAGUUUCAUCUGCAAUAUCUCAGUCCCAAGUUGGCAGGGACACUGGCUUCUUCCACGCGGGAGGCAGUUCCAUCCUUCUGAUGAAGCUCCAGUCGCUCAUUCACGAGACCUUUGGCGUGAAAUUGUCCAUGGAGAGCUUGUUUCAGUUCAGCAAGCUGGGACAGAUGGCCGCCAGGAUCGAGGCGACGCGCCGGCAAACAAACAGCGACAAGUCUGAGGAUGAGGCCAGUCAACCCCUGACCAACCCGCUUUCCACCGCCGCCGCGCUAGGCGAGAUCGAUUGGGAAGCCGAGACGGCUGUUUCCGAAGACAUGGUGAUUCCACAGAAAGACGUAGAGCCACGAAAGUCAUCAUCUUCGUCCUCAGGCAAGAUCAUCCUCUUGACCGGCUCGACGGAGCUCAUGGGACGACGUAUCCUCCAGCAGUUGGUGGACGACAGCCAAGUUGCAAAGGUACACUGCGUUGCCGUCCCCACGCCUGGUGCACUCGAGGAGCACCCCAAGGUCGAGGCCCAUAUCGGCAAGCUGUCCAUGCCAAACCUCAAUCUCGACGAAGCAGAGAUGGAGAGACUCGCCGACGAGGUCGAUGUGAUCUUGCACGCCGGCGUCGAGGGCUCGUUCCUCAACACGUAUCGAGUCAUCAGCACGACGUCGCUCCAGCCCAUACGGCAUCUCACGCGCAUCGCCUCAAAGAGGCGGGUCCCGAUUCACUUUAUCUCCAGCAGCCGCGUGAUCCUCUUCUCCGGCGCUUCGACCCUCCGCGAGAUAUCCGUCGCGCCAUUCUUCCCGCCUCCGGACGGCAGCGAGGGUCUGGCGGCAGCGCGAUGGGCGUGUGAGCGAUAUCUGCAGAACGCGGCCCGCAAGCUAGGCGUUCCCGUCUGCAUCCACCGGUGCUGCGCCUUCACAAGCGACAAGGAGCCGGGGUUUGAAUCUGACGUGCUGGAUGCCAUUUGGUGGUACAGCCGGCAGCUGAAGGCCUCGCCGAUCCUGGAGAUGGUCGACGGAUAUAUCGACUGCAUGCCCUUGGAAACCCUCGUCGACGAGUUCCUGGGCGCAUUCAAGGCAAAUUCUCAGCAGCCGUGGGGAGAAAUCAAGUUUGUGCACCACACGAGCGGGAAGAGGAUUCCCCCAAAACAUCUAUCAAAGUACUUUGCAGACAAAGGAACUGGCCCAAUCAGGGAAAUAGAGCUGGUCGAGUGGGUACGACGGGCACGAGAGAUCGGGCUCUCCGGCUUCGCUGCUGCCUUUUUGGACGCAGUGCGGCGCCGUGAGACGGCUGUUUUCUUCCCACUAUUGUUAAAGACGGAGCAAUGA